AUGAAAAUCGCCAUAUUCCCAGCAGCUGGAGGACUUGGAGGAGCAACUCUUUCACAUCUCCUCCAUACAGCAAAAGUUGAUCCAAGCUCGGUGGUCCUCGUGUCGCGCUCACCCGACAAGCUCGAUAAAGAAGCAAAUUCGGGUGCGAUAACUCGUAAAGGAGACUUUGAUGAUCCAGAUUCAUUGAAAGGCGCAUUCGAAGGUGUAGAUGCUUUGAAUCUAAUUUCUUAUCCUAGUUUCCAGCAUGAACACCGGGUCAAGGUCGCCAAAGCAGCGAUAGAUGCCGCGAUAUCUCAAGGUGUCAAACACGUUUUCUACUCUUCACUUGCAUUUGCUCGAGAAGGUGAACCGACUUACAAACCACAUGUGAUGCUUGCUCAUCUCGACACUGAAGCAUAUCUUGAGUCUUUGGUCUCUCCCACAUUCUCAUAUACGAUCAUUCGACAAGGUCUUUAUACCGAAAGCUAUCCGAUCUACACGGCGAAUUUCAAUCUCAAAGAAGCCCAAGCUUCCGCAGACAAAGAGCUCAAGAUUCGUAUUCCCCACGAUGGGCGCGGACCAGGUAUACCAUGGGCGAAGAGAGAUGAAUUGGGAGAAGCAACAGCUAAUCUCAUAGCUGAAUAUGAUCGCGAUCCAAAUUCAUUCGCUUUCAUCAACAAGCUCAUCUUCUUCACGGGUACAAAAACACAUAGUCUGAACGAUACAGCUGCUAUCUUCUCCAAAACCGUUGAGAAGAACGUGAGGAUCGAGUCGCAAUCCGUGGAAGACUACGUGGUCAGGAUUGGAGUUGUGCCCAAAUCCGAUUCGGUCGAGCUUAAUAGACGAUGGGCAACGGCUUUUGAAGCGAUCCGACACGGUGAAGCAUCGACUGUCACAUCUCAUCUGAAAGAUUAUCUAGGUAGAGAGCCGGAAGGUAUCGAAGUUACAUAUAGAAAGAUGCUGCAAGGGUAA